AUGAACGAGAAGGGGUAUCGUACCCUUGCGGUGGGUGACGGUGGUAAUGAUGUGAGUAUGAUCCAGACGGCACAUGUCGGGGUAGCCAUAUAUGGAAAAGAGGGGCUACAGGCGGCGCGAGCGUCGGACUACAGCAUAGCGAA